UCCGUGUAAAAUGUAACAAGUUUGGUUUCAUUUCAUUAUCGUCGCAGUGAAAUAAGGAGCCGCAGGUUACUCCAGGCCAGGGACUUCACUCACGGUUAACACCUGAACUUUGAUCUGAUUACAGGCAACUUUUAAAAGCCGCAGAGAUCGGAUCGGCAGUGAGUCGAGCUUUUUUUUCUUCUUCUUCUUUGUAUCUUCACAGGAACACGUACGGAACGAAACUUUUCUUCUUCGGGUCCUCCGACCGACGCGAGGAGAGGAGCACCGGGGGAGGCUUUCCACGGCAACGGCAGCUAUGGCGACGGCUAUUCCAGCGGAAAUAUCUCCGCUCCGGCUGCACGCUGGCUUUCAUUGACGACAGGAGCUCACACAGGACAGUUCGCCCCGGGCAGUCAUGGCAUCCUCCGGCUGAUCGCCGACCCCGAGCCGAGGAAGGAGAGGAGAGGUCUGGACAUGUUGCUCCCCAUGGAGUGGGAUCCAGCGGACGGCGGCCCGGACGCGUUGACAGAAGAGCGCCCCCUCACCCCCGAGCCUCGUCAGUCCAAGCCCAGAACGAGCAACAUCUCAGAGGCCGAAUUCUCCUGCCACUGCUGCUACGACAUUCUGGUCAACCCCACCACUUUGACCUGCGGCCACAACUUCUGCCGCCACUGUCUGGCCCUGUGGUGGGAGUCCUCGCGCAAGAACGAAUGCCCAGAGUGCCGGGAGAAGUGGGAAGGCUUUCCCAAAAUCAACAUUCUGCUACGGGAUGCAACUGAGAAGAUUUUCAGAGAGGUCAUAGAGAGAAGGAGAGCAGAGAUCCAGGCAAACCCCAAAGUCUCCCGAAGCUUGUUGGCCUUUCAGAGGUAUGGAGACAAGUUGGGUAGGUCGAAAACGAGCCAGAACAAAGGAGCAGGUUUCUUCUUCUCUGGAGUCUUGACUGCACUGACGUGUGUGGCUGUGGUGGUGCUGGUGUACCACUGGGGCAGUGGGGUAGUGGAACAGCAGGACUUGCUGAUCAGUAAGCCGGUGUCUCACUGGACUCCAGAGGAGGUGGUAUCGUGGCUGGAGCAGCUGGGUCCGUGGACAGAGAGCUACAGAAAACCCUUCCAGCUGGAAAACGUUAAUGGAAGGUUGCUGUUGAUGCUGGGAGACGAAGAGCUGUUGAAAUCGCCGUUCAGCAUAGAGAAUCAGACGCACAGACGAGCCGUUUUGGCUGAACUGGAACGGGUUAAAGCGCUGGGAGUCAAACCUCCGCAGAACCUCUGGGAAUACAAAGCGGCGAACGCAGGAAAGUCCCUUUUCUUGCUGUAUGCGCUGAAACGCUCUCCUCGUCUCACAAUCUUUUAUUUGUAUUUAUUCGAUUAUUCUGAGACAUUUCUGCCCUUCCUGCACACCUGCUGUCCGGCCAUCGCGCACAUCAAUAACACCGUGGAGAGCAGCUUCCUCUAUACGCAGUUGGAGCCCAGCUGGCAGCAGUGGGCCGAGUUUCUCGUGAAAUAUUUAGUGCUUCCAUACCAGCUAAUUGCAGAGUUCGCCUGGGACUGGUUGACCGUCCACUACUGGACUUCCCGUUUCAUCAUCGUCAACGCCAUGCUGCUGUCUGUGCUUGAGGCCUGCUCUCUGUGGAGGCUCUGGACGACGGCCCCGAUCAGGACUCUGCCACAGAAGAUGUGGAACCACCUGUGGAAGGUGCUGUCUCAGGGAUUCGCCUUCGCCCUCAUGUGGCCUUUUAUCCCGCAGUUUGUGUGCAACUGCCUUUUCUACUGGGCUCUCUACUUCAGUCCCAUCAUUAACAUAGACCUGGUGGUGCAGCAGCUGAUGCACCCUGAGACACAGGCGCGGUAACACUCUGCACAUGUCGGUGCCUACGCCAUGCUGCACAGUCGACGGCGACCUAAAAUAAAGCCCCAUCCGAAGUCCAGCCGCAGGACCGAAGAGUUCAUCCCCAGCCGUAGAUUACGAUGAAAGUGGCUUCGUUCGGAGGAGACGGGAGGUUUUCUGUCUUCCCGUCUUUAGUCUUUGCCAUAUUAUGAGGUUUGGGAAGAGAGAGACUCCAAGCUGUCAUAAGAGAAACAAACUGAUCACUGCUGUGAUAUCUGGAUGUCUUCUGUGUAUUAAAAACCACAAUGCCUAUAGGAUCCCAGUGACAGUUAUAAAAGUCAGAACUGAACGCUGCUGGUGUUAAAUAGUUAUCAAGCAUGACUAGUUCAGUGUUGCUAAAUCCACGGUCAUUAUAAAGGACUCAAAACAAGUUGUGUUUCAUUCUGAGUUUUUGACUUCUGUUUCCAAGAUUUUCGUUGGGGACCUCGUAAUCAAGGAAUGAAAUGCACAGCGGCUUCACAAAGAUCACAAUAUUUGAUUUGAAUUUUGAGGUACUCUGCAUCUCCGUGGCAACACUGGAUUCCUUGCUACAAAUUCAUGCAAAAACUCCAUUUGAGAGAUUUUGUGAGAUUACAAUGUAUUAUAGUCUUGCAUUCUUUCUGUUCAGAUGUUGAAGGCUUUAACAGAUUUGUUUUUGCUGCAGUUUGUGUAACACUGACUUUCAAAUCUUAAAAUUUGCUGAGAUGCUGAUAGAAAUUGAUUUUUUUUUUUUUUUUUUAAAUACUUUGUGUUUUUUUUGUUGGUCGACUCUACUGCUGUUGAAUGCUGUUGCACAUCUCUUAACAUUCAGAGAAAAAAAAAUGUUGCAGUGUCUUUUCCAUUUAAUUGUUGGACCAAACCAAUCAAAGAUUUUUUAUUUUUACUAUGUUUAUUUGCACUUAAAAUUGACACUGUGACAUAGCUCUUUUAUGUUCGCGAAUGAAUAAAGUUUUUUUUUAAGCCA